CGGAAACUCAGCCCGAAAGAUUGGCGAACAACUUCGCAUCAUUUCUUUGUGUCUUCUCGGCACCAUGGUUUAAGCUUUACUAAGGGCAACGAACGACCGACCAUGCCAGUUUUCAGGAGCAAGCAAUUAGAUAUUGACUUGCCACAGGAUGUGACAAUCUGGGAGUGGCUUUUUGGUGACAACUCUCGACACUCGCCGCUCAACAAGUUUGUCGAGCAAGACCUGGCCGGUUAUGUCGAUGCUUUCAGCAAGGAACGGGUCAAUUGGAGAGAGGUCAAGGAAGCAGCUAUUGCUCUCUCCACGGCCCUAACGAGGAAGUAUGGCUUAAAGCCGGGCGAGACUUUUUCGAUUUUCAGCAGGAAUACGAUAUGGUACCCGGUUGCUCUCUUCGCUGCCAUACGCGUUGGCAGCGUCGUAUCCGGUGCUUCACCCGCUUACAACGUCGAGGAAAUGACCCAUGCCCUUCGAACGGCAAAGACAAAGUUCCUCGCAACGCAUCCGACAUCAAUACAAGUCGCCGUGAAAGCUGCUCAGAAUGUUGGUAUCCCGCAACGGAACAUAUUUUUGCUGGAAGGAGAGCUAGACGGCUACACCACGAUCCAGGACUUGAUCAAGAUGGGCCAGAGUUAUGGCGAGAAGGGUCAAGUUCCGCACUUCAGCAUCCCAGUGGCAAAGAAGAACAAAGACGUGUGCGCUUUUCUGAGCUUCUCAUCCGGCACGACGGGAUUGCCAAAAGCUGCUCUCAUAUCACACCAGAACGCCAUUGCGCAAUCCCUACAGAAGCAACUCAUCACGCCCAAAGACCAUAAGAAGGUCCUCGGCGUUCUACCUUUCUUCCACAUCACCGGCCUCAUUCAGAUCCUGCAUCUCCCUAUCAUCCUCAACGCCGAAGUCAUCACGAUCCCUGCUUUCACAUUGGAUACUAUGCUAUCAGCGGUGGUCGAGUAUCAGAUUGGAGAACUCCUCAUCGUCCCGCCGAUUCUUAUUCGCAUGGUCCAUGACUCGACAGUAGAUACAUACGACUUGAGCUGUGUCAAGCGCUUCACCACGGGGGCAGCUCCUAUUUCCGAUGAGAUCAUCCAACUGCUGAGAACAAAGUUUCCAGCGACUGGAUUCAAGCAGCUUUACGGCAUGACCGAAUCUUGCGGGUGUAUCACGGCACAUCCACCAGAGGCCUAUAGCUACGACUAUGCUCGUACCGUGGGCUCCCUUGUCCCCAGUACGGAAGUCAAGCUGAUUAUGGAGGAUGGAUCCGAAGCUGGGGUGGGCGAGCCCGGUGAGAUUUUGGCUCGGGGGCCACAGAUUGUCAUGGGGUACUUGGACAAUGAUCAGGCGACUCGGGAAACGUUCGAUCAGGAUGGCUUCGUGCAUACAGGCGAUCAGGGGUUCAUUAACCACGAAGGCUUCAUCACCAUCACGGACCGUAUCAAGGAGAUGAUCAAAGUGAAGGGCAUAGGGGUUGCACCUGCGGAAUUGGAGGAUCUACUGCUGGGUCAUGGCAAGAUUGAAGAUUGCGCGGUUCUUGGUAUUCCGGAUCACUGGGCUGGGGAACGUCCAAAGGCGUAUGUCGUGCUCCAGAAGGGGUACGUUCCUGAUGAGAGGACGGGGCUGGAAAUUAUUAGGUAUGUGGAGGAGAAGAAGGUGAGGCAUAAGUGGAUCAAAGAGGUUGAGUUCAUUGACGAGAUUCCAAAGAGUGUCAGUGGGAAGAUCUUAAGACGUGUUUUGAGGGAUCGCGUAAAGCAUGGAGGAAAGGAGGGGUUUGGUAAUGUGCGGGCGUCGAAGGCAAAGUUGUAAGGCUGGCUGGCUACAUUGGCCUGGGAGUUCCUCGUUAGCAUCGAACAGCAUCUUCCAAUACAUUUAUAGCUGGUCCCCCCACUUCUUUCCCACGGGCACCC